CCUACUGUACCGGUUGUCAAUCACAGAGGAGAUCCCGCCCACAUGAUGCGGAAGUUAGGUUGAGAUCCUGCCCACCACACAAGGAAGGAAGUGCCAAAAUACCAUCAAUUGUGAGAAUGCCCCUCACGAACAAGUCAAAGAAUGUCGACAGCGGUGCAGCCCUGCCUACUGGUUCGGAUGGGGGAGAGGGAGCUCAACCCUCACAGCCAAGAGGUCAGGACCUGCCUCCCGGGGAUGGUGGCGGAGAGGACAAUCAGGGAGAUGCUGAGAUCAUCAAAUCUCCCAGUGACCCAAAACAGUACAGGUACAUUGUUUUGGAUAAUGGAUUGCGAGCGCUGUUAAUCUCAGACUUCAGUGGUGAUGGUAAAGGAGCAUCUGAGGAUGAUGAGGAUGAAUCGGAGGAGGAAGAGCAAGAGGAGGAAGAAGGGAGUGCGGAGGAGGGGGAUUCAGGAGAAGGCACCGAUGAGGAGUCUGAAAAUGAAGAUGACGAACAGGACAGUGACUUUGAAGAGCUCGAUGAGGAAGAGGAUGGGCGAAAAAAGAAAGCAAGCUCUGAAAAACAGUCCGCUGCUGCACUCUGCAUUGGCGUGGGGAGCUUCAGUGACCCCAGUGACCUGCCAGGACUGGCCCAUUUCCUUGAACACAUGGUGUUCAUGGGAAGUGAAAAAUACCCAUCAGAAAAUGGGUUUGAUGCAUUCCUGAAAAAACACGGUGGGAGUGAUAAUGCCUCCACUGACUGUGAACGGACGAUAUUCCAGUUUGAUGUACAGAGGAAACACUUCAAGGAAGCACUGGAUAGAUGGGCCCAGUUCUUUAUAUGUCCUCUGAUGAUCAAAGACGCCAUUGAAAGAGAGGUGGAGGCUGUUGAUAGCGAGUACCAAUUGGCCAAGCCUUCGGAUUCCCAUCGCAAAGAGAUGCUGUUUGGGAGUCUGGCAAAGCCCAACCAUCCCAUGGGGAAAUUUUGCUGGGGAAAUGCUGAGACGCUGAAGCACGAGCCCAAGAAACAAAAGAUCAACGUUUAUAGUCGCCUUCGGGAGUUCUGGAAGCGAUAUUACUCAGCACAUUACAUGACAUUAGCAGUGCAGUCUAAAGAAAAGUUGGACACUCUGGAAGAAUGGGUGAGGGAGAUCUUCUCAAAGGUUCCAAAUAACUCUCAGCAACAACCAAACUUCUCGGACCAACCGGAUCCUUUUGACACUCCAGCUUUCAACAAGCUCUAUAGAGUGGUGCCUGUGAGGAAGGUGCAUGCGCUCACCAUCACCUGGGCCCUACCCCCUCAGGAAAGACACUAUAGGGUGAAACCACUUCAUUACAUAUCUUGGCUGAUCGGGCAUGAAGGAGCUGGCAGCAUCCUGUCUUUACUCAGGAAAAAGUGCUGGGCUCUCUCUCUCUUUGGAGGAAACAGUGAAACGGGCUUCGACCAGAACACCACCUACUCCAUCUUCAGUGUCUCCAUCACUCUGACUGAUGAGGGCUUUCAGAAUUUCUGUGAGGUGGUCCACUUGGUUUUCCAGUACAUGAAGAUGCUUCAGACCCAGGGGCCACAACAGAGAAUAUAUGAAGAAAUUCAGAAGAUUGAGGCAAACGAGUUCCACUAUCAGGAACAGACCGAUCCAAUUGAGUACGUGGAGGACAUCUGUGAAAACAUGCAGCUGUUCCCCAAAGAGGAUUACCUGACGGGAGACCAGCUCAUGUUUGAGUUCAAACCAGAGGUGAUCUCUGCUGCCCUGGCUCUGCUGACCCCAGACAAGGCCAACCUGAUGCUGCUGUCACCAGAGCACGAAGGCCAGUGUCCCCUCAGGGAGAAGUGGUUUGGCACCCAGUACAGCAUUGAGGAUGUCCCGAAGGAGUGGGCUGAACGCUGGGCAGGAGAUUUUGAGCUAAACUCAGAUCUGCAUCACCCAGCUGAAAACAAAUUCAUUGCUACUGAUUUUACUCUGAAGACAUCGGACUGUCCUGACACCGAAUAUCCUGUCAGGGUUGUCAACAGUGAUAGAGGGUGUCUGUGGUACAAGAAGGACAACAAGUUUAAAAUACCAAAAGCAUACAUUCGAUUCCACCUGAUCUCUCCGGUGAUUCAGAAAUCUGCUAAACACCUGGUGUUGUUUGACCUCUUUGUCAACAUCCUGACGCACAACCUGGCGGAGCCGGCGUAUGAGGCCGACGUGGCUCAGCUGGAGUAUAAACUGGUGGCCGGCGAACACGGACUGGUCGUCAAGGUCAAGGGCUUCAAUCACAAGCUCCCGCUGCUGUUCAAUCUGAUAGUGGACCACCUGGCAGACUUCAGCACAGCACCUGAUGUCUUCACCAUGUUUGCAGAGCAGCUGAAGAAGACCUACUUCAACAUCCUAAUAAAGCCGGAGAAACUGGGAAAGGACGUGCGUCUCCUGAUCCUGGAGCAUGCCCGCUGGUCGAUGAUCCAGAAGUACCAGGCGCUGGUGGACGGACUCACCGUGGCUGACCUUAUGGACUUUGUCAGCAGCUUCAAAUCGGAGCUUUACGCGGAGGGCCUGGUGCAGGGCAACUUCGCCAGCAGGGAAUCCAUGGAGUUUCUGCAGUAUGUUACAGAAAAACUGCAGUUCAAGAAGCUGCCAGUAGAGGUCCCUGUUCUCUUCCGAGUGGUGGAGUUGCCUCAGAAGCACCACCUAUGCAAAGUGAAAACACUCAACAAAGGGGAUGCCAACUCUGAGGUCACCGUUUACUACCAGUCAGGGCCCAAGAACCUGCGGGAGCACACGCUGAUGGAGCUGCUAGUGAUGCACAUGGAGGAGCCUUGUUUCGACUUUCUGAGAACAAAAGAGACCUUGGGGUAUCACGUGUACCCUACCUGCCGGAACACUUCCGGGGUCCUGGGCUUCUCGGUCACCGUGGAGACGCAGGCCACCAAGUUCAAUUCGGAAUUCGUUGAGACAAAGAUCGAGGAGUUCCUGGUGAGCUUUGGGGAGAAGAUGGCUGCCCUGAGCGACGAGGCGUUCAAGACCCAGGUGACGGCACUUGUCAAGCUGAAGGAGUGCGAGGACACGCACCUGGGUGAAGAGGUGGACAGGAACUGGGCGGAGGUGGUCACCCAGCAGUACGUCUUCGACAGGCUGAACCGAGAGAUCGAUGCCCUGAAGCUGAUGACGAAGGCUGAGCUGGUUUCCUGGCUCAUGGAGCACCGCGGCCCCGCCAGCAGGAAGCUGAGCGUCCAUGUGGUCGGCUUUGGCGUGGAGGAGAACGACCCAGCUCCUGCAAAGGAGGAGGAGGAGCAGCAGACGUGUGAGGGAGGAGGUGAUGGCCAUGGCGUCCCCAAGGGCGCCGCCUCCUCCUCGUACGGCGAGGUGUCCAAACUCAUCUUCCUCCCCGCCUCCCCAAAGCUGUCCUCAGCCGCCGUCAUCACAGACAUUCGCGCCUUCACCGACACCCUGAACCUUUUCCCCUACCACAAGAUCCUCAAGUAAACACAACACAAGCACUAACUUCUGGGACUGCUGUAUGGGCAAGCAGUUCCCUCAUUCAGCGAAACCACCACUUCCACGCACAUGCUCAUGUCACAUGGUGGUGGGCCACAAUGCGGCCUGGACAUUUGAUAUGGAGACAUCAUGAGAGAGAGACAUGAAAAUAAUUAAGGCAUCGUCAUUACUCGCCAUCGUUGUAUGGUCUGUUUAACUGACUUGAACUAAAAGGAAAGAAAAAAAAAUGUUUGGGAGCAAGCUGUGUGUAAUUUUUAGCUCAUAUCUGCUGUGUUUUAUUUGUACUAAUGCAUUGGCUGUUGUACCACUUAGCGGGGAUGGGUUUGGCCUUCCCAUGUCAGUAAUAUCAUGCCAGUUACUUAGUAAUCACAGGCUCUGGCCUGUAUAUUCACGGGCAUUCACGAGGAGGUGACGCUGCAUGAAACAAUUACCAGGGAUCUCAUCAUAAUUUGCAUACUUUUGGCUGGUUAAAUGUGAGUGGCUUCCAAGGUCACAGAUGAAAUGAGAGUGUUCAGCGAUUAUACUCAUUAAAAGGUGCAGUAAAGCAUGA